GAGAGCGAGAGAGAGAGGGCCUUCCCUGCCCCACCACCCAUCACCUGUUCGACGAAAAGACGCAAAAAGGAGAUGAAGCCAGAUUGCCACAGACUCCUUCCAGACAUUUAUUUCCCUUCUCUUUUGGCAUCCACAAAACCCCAAAUUAACCCACCAUUGUUUGUUAAUCAAUGAUGAAUUAGGGUUAUUAUCAUUGGUCGUCGCAACUCGCACCGCCAUAUACAUCAUCAUCUUCUCUUCUCUUAUCUACUCUUUCUUCAUUUUGGGAGACAAAGAUGGCGACGAGAGGGAGCAGAUCAGAGAAGGUGAAGAGGAUUUUCCAGCAAUUCGAUGCGAACCGUGAUGGAGGGUUGAACAGAGAGGAAAUGUCUGCUCUCGUUGUGGCCGUGAACCCCAGGGUCAAGUUCAGUGACGAGCAAAUCAACGCCAUCCUCGACGAGGUUUUUCGGACUUACAGUGGGUUUAUUGAUGGAGAGAAGGGAUUGACCUAUGAUGGUCUUCUUCAGACGUAUGACGACGGGGCAGGUGAUGUGGACCGUGAUUUUGAUGCUCUUGGUCUCGAGCUUGAAGAUAACAAAGGAGUUUCUGGUGUAUCAGAGGCCUCAUCGUCCUCGAUUGUGGAUGAGAGGGCAAUUGAGUCGCAGAAGAAGCAGAGGACUGCAGCUUGGGCUGUUUCGCCGAAUCACGGCAUUGUUUUUGAUGACACAUGGAAGAUGGUGGACGAUUUGGAGAUCUUAGUGAAGCGAUUGAAGGCUAAGCAGGCAAAAGAUGGGAAAUUUAAAGCGGAUAACUUUGAUGCCUACUCGGACGCAGGGUGGUCAAGGGAAUUGGGGCCUUCAGCUGAAAUUUCAGAGAAGAGGGUGUUCUGGGAGGAGUCUGGGCAUGAUUAUGCGGUUUUCGUCAAGGAAUUGGGGGUUUUAAGGAGCCGGGCCGAUGGUGCAAGAUCUAGAGAAGAAGCUUUCGAUGGGCAUAUGGCAAUUGGUAGGGUUUUAUACGAGCACCAGCUGUUCAAAGAAGCCUUGGUGAGUUUCAAGAGGGCUUGUGAGUUGCAGCCAGUGGAUGUAAGGCCACAUUUCAGAGCUGGGAAUUGCUUUUAUGUUCUUGGGAGGUAUAAGGAAGCCAAAGAGGAGUUCCUAUUGGCAUUGGAGUCUGCUGAGGCAGGUGGAACUCAAUGGGCUUAUUUGCUUCCUCAAAUUUAUGUGAAUCUCGGUAUUGCAUUGGAAGGUGAAGGUAUGGUUUUAAGUGCUUGUGAAUAUUAUAGAGAAGCUGCAAUUCUUUGCCCAACUCAUUUUAGAGCUUUGAAACUUUUGGGUAGUGCUCUUUUUGGGGUGGGAGAGUAUAGGGCGGCUGUGAAAGCCUUGGAAGAGGCCAUUUUUAUGAAACCAGACUAUGCUGAUGCACAUUGCGAUUUGGCCUCGGCUCUUCAUGCCAUUGGCGAGGAUGAGAGGGCAAUUGAGGUGUUCCAGAAAGCAAUUGAUUUGAAACCUGGUCAUGUGGAUGCUUUAUACAACUUGGGUGGGCUUUAUAUGGACUUGGGUCGGUUCCAGAGAGCUUCAGAGAUGUAUACUAGGGUUUUGGCUGUGUGGCCUAACCAUUGGCGUGCACAGCUCAAUAGGGCUGUGUCACUCUUGGGGGCAGGAGAAACGGAGGAAGCUAAGAAAGCUUUGAAGGAGGCACUGAAAAUGACAAAUAGGGUUGAAUUGCAUGAUGCAGUAUCGCAUUUGAAGCAGCUGCAGAAGAAGAAAGUGAAAGCUAAUGGUACCAACGGGGAAGGGGCUUUUAUAAUUGUUGAACCCUCAAAAUUUAAGACAGUAGGUGAGAAGACCACACUUAGGCAGGACUUGGCCACUGCUCUUCAUAUUAGGGCCUUUCAGAGAAUUACUCGGUUGAGUCGCUGUGAUGUGGAGCUUUUGAAGAAGGAAAUGAGGGAAAAUGAUGUACCAGUUUCUUAUUCUGGGACUGGUGUUCCUCAGAAAUCAAUACGCAAGCCUAAUUUAGAGGAAAUACUCCGGAGGUUACUAAUUUUUCUAAAACCUGAAACUUCCCAAGGUGCUGUCAAGGCAAUAAAUGAGAGGAUUCUCUCUGUUUUGGAUGAGACAGGGUUGGGAAGGGUGGAUCUUGGCAUGUUCUUUGCCAUUCUUGCACCCAUUUGUAGUGGCUCUCUUGACAAGCGAAAGCGGAUUGCUUUUGAUGCUCUUCUAUGGCGCCCCCAGAAUGAAGGUGGGUCUCAGAUAAAAAGGGUUGAUGCUGUUGGGUACAUCAGAUUGUUGAGGGCUAUAUACUUUCCUUCCCACGGGGUUAGUGAAAGGUUGGAACUUCAUGGAGAGACGGAUGCCUCAAUGGUAUCAUUCAAUGAAUUUCUUGUCAUGCUAGAUGAUCCUGAUUGGGGUUUUGCGAUCAUUUCAACUCUGGUAAAGCUUGAAACUGGGGAUCGGAAUCGCCAUGGACGGCAUGUUUGCUCAGUUUGCCAUUAUCCAGUCGUUGGGUCCCGUUUCAAGGAGAUGAAACAUAAUUUCAGCCUAUGUAAUUACUGCUACAGUGAGGGAAAGGUGCCUUCAACAUAUAAACUGGACGAGUACAAAUUUAAAGAGUAUGGAAGUGAGGCUGAAGCAAUGAAAGAUAAGUGCAUGUGCUUUACUUUGCCAUCCCAUAAUGACAAUAGCUAGUUUUAUGAUCCUGUAUUAUCAUCGCCUCAAGUUAUUGUAGUUGUCUAGUUGAUCAGUGUGAAAUAUAUAUAGUUUGUGAAUGUGUUGGGUGGGCAUCAUCUUUUUGUAUAAGAAAUUGUUUCAAAUGGUGUUUCUGAAAUCUUUUGUCCCUUAGCAAAUGCAGAGUUUCCUUCCUACUUGUUUUCAAUUA